AUGCCGCGUCGUAAACCGGCAGUGUCGGCGCCCGUGCGUAAGCCGCACCGCUUCCGCCCGGGGCAAGCGGCACUUCGCGAGAUUCGCAAGUACCAGAGUAGCACCGAGCUGCUGAUACGGAAGAUGCCGUUUGCGAGGCAAGGAGAGGAGAAUCGGAGAACUGAGAGACUGGGACGACUGGACACAAGCAAGAAGACAGUCGGGUAUGUUCGUUAG